CUCUAAAAAAUUGAAUAUGAAGAUCUUACUCCUUGUAUUAUUGGCAACGUUUGCCUCCGGUCAGCAGUUACAGCAGACGGCAGCCUACGAUGUUGCCGUGAGACUAGCUGAACCAGGAUACUUCCAACAAAGAAAUUCCUUCAGCUCCAGUUCAUCUAGAAAUGGUGGUUCUGCAUUCGGAUCUCCUCUUCUCGGCAAUCAAUUCGGAUCUGGUUCCAGAGGCACCAAAUCUGGAUCACUGACUGGAUUCCCUGCUGGCACUGGCAUCAGUGGUUCAAACUUCGGUUCCUUGAAAAAGAGUGGAUUUCAAUUUGUUUCUUCAGCUACACCUGGAUUUGGCUCUGGAUCUGCAUUUACAAGCAGUGGAUUCGGAUCUAGCUCCUCAAACAGAAAAACAUUUGGAUCAAAUAUCAGUGGAUCACAGGCAGGUUCACUAAGCAGUAGUCGACUCCAAUCUAGUGGAAGAUUCCAGUCUGGGUCACCAAACAUUAACAGAUUCCAAUCUGGUUCAUCACCAAGCAGCAGUGGAUUCCAGUCUGGUUCAUUUGGUGGAAGCAAAUUCCAGUCUAGUCCAUCAAAAAACAACAAUGGAUUCCAGUCUGGUUCAUUUGGUGCAAGCAAAUUCCAGCCUAGUUCCCCAUCAAGCAGCAGUGGAUUCCAAUCUGGUUCAUUUGGUGGAAGCAAAUUCCAGCCUGGUUCAUCAGGUAGCAAGGUAGGAUCAUCAAUUAACAGUGGAUUCCAGAAGAGUUCACCGAGUGUUACUGGCUUCCAGUCCAUUUCAUCAAGUGCGUUCCAAUCCAGCUCAUCAAACACCGACGGAUUCCAAUCUGGAUCACCAAACACCAGUGGAUUCCAAUCUGGAUCACCAAGCACCAGUGGAUUCCAAUCUGGAUCACCAAGCACCAGCGGAUUCCAAUCUGGAUCACCAAGCACCAGUGGAUUCCAGUCUGGAUCACCAAGCACCAGUGGAUUCCAAUCUGGAUCACCAAGCACUAGUGGAUUCCAGUCUGGAUCACCAAGCACCAGUGGAUUCCAAUCUGGAUCACCAAACACCACUGAAUUCCAAUCUGGAUCACCAAACACCAGUGGAUUCCAAUCUGGAUCACCAAGCACCAGUGGAUUCCAGUCUGGAACACCAAGCACUAGUGGAUUCCAAUCUGGAUCACCAAGCACCAGUGGAUUCCAAUCUGGAUCACCAACACCAGUGGAUUCCAAUCUGGAUCACCAAGCACCAGUGGAUUCCAAUCUGGAUCACCAAACACCAGUGGAUUCCAGUCUGGAUCACCAAACACCAGUGGAUUCCAAUCUGGAUCACCAAACACCAGUGGAUUCCAAUCUGGAUCACCAAGCACCAGUGGAUUCCAGUCUGGAUCACCAAACACUAAUGGAUUCCAGUUUGGAUCACCAAACACUAAUGGAUUCCAGUCUGUAUUGCUGAGUGGAAGUGGAUUACAAUCCAGCUCUUCAGGCAGCACUAAUGGUUUUGGACUCCUGAGUGGUUCUGUGAGCAGCAUUGGAGCCC